GUCCGAGGUAUAGAAUUCAAAUUUCAGUCGAAAUGCGGACAUGGGCGGUAUGCUCUGUUUGCGGAAAGGGACCGUUCAUGCUUUCAAAUCUGUAUAAACAUAUGCGAAAUAGCCACCAUUAUUUUGAAGAGGAUGUCGAGGAGGUCAAACGAGCAAUAAAGAGAGCAAUAUACCCUACGGAGUUAAAAUGCAACGUCUGCGGAAAAAGCUAUUUCUCGGAAGCUGGCUUGAGAGAACAUAAGCGUGCGCAUGCUGUUGACGGAGAAUCGCCGUCAACUUCGAACAACACAGGGAGGAAGUCUGUUCCUCAAGUCGAGUGUCCCGGUUGCAAAGCAGUCUUCGUCAACCACUUGCAGCUGUCUCAACAUUGCCAGAAAAAUCACAACGAUGGGAGCACCAAUUUCAAUACAGUAAAGAAGACAUUUGGUUCUUGGUCGAGGUUUGAGACAUGGCUGGCCGAAAUGGAGCGAGCAACUAUUACCAGAUUUGUGAAAAGAAGUAACAGGAAGAGUAGUAAAGGUGUAAGCCAAAUCUACAUAUGUCAACACGCAAGAGGCAACGGGGGAACCGUCGAUCCUAAGCAAAUGCGGAAACGGUAUAGGGAGACAAAACGUGUUCACAAGAAUUGUCCAUCUUUUGCAAAGGCCUUGGAACGUCGUGAUGGUUUGGUUGAAGCUGAAGCCUGCUUUGGUCAUCUCGGACAUGAGGUUAGCACCGCUCUCAUGCCGUUAUCAAAGGAUGACGUGGAGAUUGUCAAAUCCAUGCUCUUGGCGGGUGUUCCUCCUGGAAAGAUAGUCUCGGAACUGCAUGACAAGAAUUUCUUGCCGGACGUCGUCCCAGAACGGCAGCCACGACUUUACUACCUCACCCCGAGAGACGUAACUAAUAUCGCUUCUCGCUUCAAAAUCACAGUCGCAAACAAUGAUCGGUCGGUUCGAACUAGAACUCGCUCUCAAAAAGCUCCGAAUUCGAAACCAACCAACACCUUUUCUCAACACGACGAGAUUUCUCAUAAUGCUGAGAGCACCUAUCAAGAUAUCCAAAACGAGGAUAUUUCCGACUAUGCUGAAGACAACCGCAGUUUGACACCUGCUUCAUUGUCUGACGAAGUUCCGCUACAAGAAAGGCUUGAAGAAGCUCUUCGUGAAGCUCAACGAAUCCAAGCCCAAGUGGGCAAACGUGCGCGCCUUUAUUACAAGAAUGAGCGGCUCGAUCUGUUAGAAGAAUUGAAUGGAAAACUUUUGGACUUGGCAACUCUUAUUGGUAAACCCGGCAUCAUUCCCAGGGAUUGGUGGUCCUGCGAUACAAGCAUAAAGAAAGUGAACAAACGUCAUCUUCCUGAUUUAUCUAAUGUGACCUGUCAUCGUGGCUGGAGGAGUCAAGCUGUUCACGGUCCCUCUCGCGAUAACUUUGUGCUAUGUGUUGAUUUUUCUAUCAACGUAAGACAAGUUCGAAGUUCCACCCAUGAUCAUAACAAGAGUUCACUCUCAUGUCGUAAUAACUGUGGAAAUGGCUUAAAGAGCGACGACGACACUUGUUUGCUUAUCACAAUGCAAGCGACUUCCGUCGUAGUGUUUUUCAUCUGUCUGUGCUAUAUCGAGGGCUUCCCUCCAGAUGCUAUGAUUGGCAUAAAGUUCUCUAGCACGGAAAGAAAUGAACGCGAUGCCAUAGAGCCGGAAAAAUUGGUCGGAGUACGCGAGUUGGACGAAGGGGAUUCUUCUGAGAAGAUGGUUGGCUUAACAGCUCAAAGGCAGACAAGAAGGCUCACAUCAUCAUUUGCGGAAGGAAAUAUCGGUGAAGAUGUUGGCGGCUUGAUAACCGGCAGUUUUUGCUCGGACAACAUGGAGUAUUACCGAUCUCACUGCACAAAUUUUGUUGCUGAAGAUCCUGAUCGAACCGUUCAGGCGGCUGUCCUUAAAUUUUGCACCUGGUUUGAGGAUAGUGACCCAAAGAGUUUGAUGUAUAACAAACCACUGCAUCCUCGUAAUACACCCAAGGACUACAGGAUAAGAUCUUCCGAGGCUACACGUUCACAAUACCCGAAGGAUAUACUCUGA